GCCUCGUUCCCUGCGCUGGGUCCUGUCGCCCGCCGCUCCCCGCGGGGGCCGGCCUGGGGCAGCCCGCGGGCGGGGGCGGCGGGGCUGCUAUAAAUUGUCGGGGCGGCGGGCAGCACUUGCAACUUCUGGCCAUGCUGCGGCUUUUGUUGUUCCUUCUGCUGGCCGGCACCGCCGGCGCCUUGUUCUCCUCCCGUUACCGCCGCUGGGGCACCGCGCCGCCGACCGGCCCCUACCUCACCCGCUACUUCACGCAGCAGGUUGAUCACUUUGGAUUUGAUGAAAAUCAUACAUUCCAGCAGCGCUACCUAGUAGCAGAUCAGCACUGGAAGAAGGACAAUGGACCAAUACUGUUUUAUACAGGCAAUGAAGGAGACAUUACGUGGUUCUGCAACAACACGGGCUUUAUGUGGGAUGUGGCUGAAGAGCUGAAUGCUAUGUUGGUGUUUGCUGAACACAGAUACUAUGGAGAAUCUUUGCCCUUUGGGAACGAGUCCUUCAGUGAUUCCAAGCAUCUCAACUACCUGACUUCAGAACAGGCUCUGGCUGACUUUGCAGUACUCAUUGAGUACUUGAAGAUGACCACUGCAGGAGCCCGUCACAGUCCUGUCAUAGCUAUAGGAGGGUCUUAUGGAGGAAUGCUUGCAGCCUGGUUUAGGAUGAAGUACCCCCAUGUGGUAGCUGGAGCUCUGGCAGCCUCUGCCCCCAUCUGGCAGUUUGGUGACUUGGUCCCAUGUGGCACUUUCUUCAGCGUAGUGACUAACAGUUACCGGAUGGGGGGGCCGGGCUGUGCGGAGAGCAUCCGCAAGUCCUGGGCUGCCAUUAGCAGCCUCUCCACAACAGCUGCAGGUUUGCAGUGGCUCUCCAGCACAUUUCAUUUGUGCAGCCCAUUAAAAAAUCUUCAGGAUGUUGCUGCUCUGAAAAACUGGCUGAGUGAAACGUGGGUGAAUUUGGCUAUGGUGAACUACCCCUACAAAGCUGACUUCUUGCAGCCUCUGCCAGCCUGGCCUGUGCAGGAAAUCUGCAAGUUCCUGAAGGACCCCAGCCUUCCUGACAAAUUUCUGCUGCAGAGUGUGUUUCAGGCAGUGAAUUUAUACUACAAUUAUUCAGGAGAAGCCUCGUGCUUAGACACGUCUGAGACUGCAACAAAGAAUCUGGGCCAGCUGGGUUGGUACUAUCAGGCUUGCACUGAGAUGGUGAUGCCCAUGUGCACAGAUGGCAUCAAUGAUAUGUUUGAGCCUCAGAAAUGGGACUUCAAUGCGCUUUCAGAAGAGUGUUACAGGCUCUGGGGAGUGAGGCCUCGCCCCUCUUGGAUGCUUUCUAUGUAUGGAGGAAAAAACAUCAGUUCACACAGCAAUAUUGUCUUCAGCAAUGGUGGCUUGGACCCGUGGUCUGCAGGUGGGGUGACCCAGAACAUCACUGACUCCCUUGUGGCCAUUGUGAUCCCAGAUGGAGCUCAUCACCUGGACCUACGCAGCCGCAACCCCUCGGACCCCAAAUCCGUGCAGCGAGCGCGAGCCUUGGAGAUCUGCUACAUGAAGCAGUGGAUUGAGGAGGCCAGGCACAGCCACUGAGGUGGUAUUGCCUCGACAGAGUGGGCAUUAUACCUCCAUAGGCCUUUGCUGCAGUAGAGCCAAGCUUUAUCACAUGGUCACUUCAGCAUUUCACUCCUGUUUCCUCACCUGUGUUCCAGUGCUAACCACUGCUCGUGCCAUGAGGGAAGCAGGUGGCAGAUGGAGGGAGAGCAUUUGCAGAUAAACUUUAGUCAAAGUGUGUGGACUGAGCUGCCUGCUCUGGCUUGCUUUCCUCUUCUGCUCUUCUCAAAUGCUCUACCAUAAAGUAAAAGAGUUCUUGUUCUAGGCUUGGCAUCUUCCUUGCUGUGCUCAGUGAUUGUCCUGACUGCUGGUACAUACGCUGAAAUAAAUGCUGCUGCUGCUGCAACUCCUGCUGCCUUCAGUAGGGUUGAACUUCAGACAUCCACAGCUGGUGCAAGCUGUCAUGGCAAGGGGCAUGGAGGUCAUGGGGCAACAGAAAUCCUCAUUCCAGUAUUUGAUGGAGAGAGAGGGAGGGCAUGGAGAAAAACUGGCUGUGCUGUCUGUAAAGAAAUGAACAGGGUAAGCCCUUUGGGUUUGGUGCUGGAAAAGUAGUAAGUGUCUUUUCCCUUAGUUUUUCUGGCAGCUUAUUAACCAUAGCUGCUUUGGGUAUCUCUUGCAUUCUGUGCUGCACUGAAGGGUCAGGGCUGGCUCUGGACUCACUCUGCUAAGUGGCUGAGCAUGCUCAAUCUGCAUCAAGGUUUUAUUUCUUUCCCCUGUGUUUGUCCUAAUUGUGAAGUCCCUGCUGCUGUGCUGAGGGUUGCCUCAGGAAGCCCUGGUCCUGGGUUGUGUUUGUACAUGUGUGUCCCCCACAAAGAGUGUGCUUUUUCUAACUGGGAAGUCUCCUGAAGAGCAAAUGUGGCAGUAGUGCUGGCCAGAUCGCAUGAAGUAACAAAUAACUGGGGCUGUGCCCUGUGUGGGUUCCUCCUCCCUCAUUCUGUGCAUUGUUCCAGUUCUGCAUGAGCUGCUUGCUGAUGGCUCGCCAAUAAAAGCCUUUCAAAAAAAUUGU